AGGCGCUGCCCAGGCGGGAGGGCCGCGCCCGAGCCCCCCGGCCUGAGGGGAGGCUGCCCCGCGGCCUCGGCGUCCCGCCGCCGCCCUGGGUGUUGCCGUGCCCCCCCCCCGCGCUUUCGGCUGGGCCCCUGCGAGCGCCGCUACAGACCUACGGAAAAGGGGAGGCGGGGGCGCGAAUGGUGGAGAAAGGAGAGAGCCGGGGCUGGCGAGCGCCGGCCUGGGGGGUAGAGACCCGUCGUAGGGGCAGAGUCCUAACCUAGGAAAGCUAACAGAACAUAGCUUCUUUUAGAGAAAGUGCUCUAGAAGAUAAAAUGCCACUCCACUGGAAAAGCGAAAAUACUAUUUCCGAAGUGAAUGGUACAAAAGUAUUCAAUUAUGGUCAUUGAAAGCAGAGAACAAAGUGACCCUGCAGUUGCAAGCUGUGAUGGAGCAGUGAUGGUAUCCCACUUGAACUUGGUAGAUUGAUCUGGAAGGCAGUCAAAGAGCUAGUCAAACAGGAUCUGAAGGUGUCCGACUGAAGGAAGGCUGCAGUAUAAACCAGAGCUUGUUCAUUCUGGGUCAAGUUAUCAAAACUUUGUGAUGACCCUUCUGGCCUCACAAAUUACAGAGAUAGCAAGUUGACUUGAAUUCUGCAGAAUUCCCUUGGAGGAAAUGCUAAGACAGUUAUUAUUGGCACAAUUACUCCUGUUUCUUUUGAUGAAAUGCUCAGUACUCUUCAGUGUGCCAAUACAGCCAAAAGAAUGAAGAAUACUCAGAAAGUCAAUGAAGUACUUGACGAUGAUGCCUUUCGGAAGAGAUAUCGCAAAGAAAUUCUGGAUUUGAAAAAGCAGUUGGAGGAAGCCAGCAGCAUGGGUCGGCUUGAUGGGGAGAUCAUCCUACGGUCUGCAGCAGCACAGGGGAUAGGACGAGCAGCUGCUAUAGCUUUUGCUAAAGAAGGAGCCAAAGUCAUUGCUACAGACAUCAAUGAGUCUAAGCUGCAGGAACUGGAGAAAUAGCCAGGUAUUCAAAUAUGCGUUCUGGAUGUCACCAAAAAGGAGCAGAUAGAAAAUCUGGCCAAGGAGAUUGAAAAGAUUGACGUUCUCUGUAACGUUGCAGGGUUUGUUCAUCACGGGACCAUUCUGGAGUGUGAGGAGCAAGACUGGGACUUCACUAUGAACCUUAGUGUUCGCAGCAUGGAUCUAAUGAUCAAGACAUUCCUUCCUAAGAUGCUUAAACAGAAAUCUGGAAAUAUUAUAAAUAUGUCUUCUGUGCCAUCCUGCAUUAAAGGAGUUGUGAGCAGGUGUGUAUAUAGUGCUUCAAAAUCAGCAGUUAUUGGUCUAACAAAGUCUGUCGCUGCUGAUUUCAUUGAACAAGGCAUCAGAUGGAACUGCAUAUGUCCUGGAACUGUUCACACACCAUCUUUAUAGGAAAGAAUCCAAGCCUGGCCUAACCCAGAACAAGCACUGAAAGACUUUCUAGCCAGACAGAAGACUGGUAGGAUGGCUACUGCUGAAGUGGCCCAUCUCUUUGUGUACUUGGCCUCUAAUGAAUCUGACUACAUGACUGGUAACGAACUAAUGAUUGAUGGAGGAUGGAGCUUGUGAUUGACCCUACCUGCAAAUGAAAAUUUACACCAUGAAAGGCAAAAUUAGGAUCGUGUUUCUCGGUUAAGAUAGCUUGCAAGGAUUUAGGUAACUCACAUGCUGUCUUUCAAAACAAAAUUGGUGCAUUUUUAAUGCUAUAUAAUCUCUUUCUAGAUUGAUCUUACUGAUUCACUCCCUAAAUAAUGAAAUACUAGUGUAAAACAUAAUUCACGUGGCUUCAAUUUAUGGUAACUUCAAAACCAUGAAAGAAUAGCAAUUCGGUGUUUAAGAUUUCACAGGGCCAGGUUGGACGGGGCUGGGAGCAACCUGGUCUGGUGGAAG